CGGAGUUGUGGUCCUUGCCUCGGCACAUGCAAACUGCCGGGAAGCUGCCCCGUUCGAAGCUGCCCGCCCCCGAGGCUACAUGCGCCGAGCCGAAGCGGGACGAAUGGUUGAAUCAUUCCUUCUUCUUUUGAGAUGCCUCAUGCUCAGAAGAAAGUGCAACACUGUUGACUAGUACCUCCUCCAACACAAACGAUCGGCAAGAAGGGAAAAAGAAAAACAAAGCCCCAACCCCAAACCCCCCUCUCUCCCCUCUCCGGCGACAACACACCCGAUAGCCGGGUCCGCGCGCACGGAAAUGGCGCCGAUGCAGGCGCCUGCCGUGCUCUCGCUGGUGCAUUUGCAGAACUGCCUCGUCAACCUCCCCCCGUCGCUGGCAUCGCUGCUGUCUAAUGCCAAUACGCCCGCCCAAAAUGUCGUCGUCGAACUCCGGUACCGCGCCCGCGCCCCUACCCCGGGCGGCAACCCGGACCCGGAGAACAACCCUUCGAUCAAGCACAUAUUCCUUGGGUGGACUGGAAUGUCGAGCAAACGGAGAGUCGCCCCGAUCGUUGGCAGGGACGGCAUCGGCAGUGCGCGGGACGCACGCGACCAGGAUGCGGGCGCCGUUGAGCUGGAUGCCACCCUCGCGACCAACUUGGGAUUGACCGACGGCCAGAAAGUCACAGUGACGCUUCAUUUCGACCCGCCCAUGGUCCACACCGUCAACAUUGAGCCCCUGACGCCCGAUGACUGGGAGAUGAUCGAGCUGCACGGCACCUUCUUGGAGGACAACCUGCUGUUCCAGAUCCGCGCCGUCCCAAACCCCGCCUACGCUGCGCAGUCACGCCUACCCGGCACCUACACGCACCCGCUAACCCUGCAUCUGUCGCCCACGUCUACCGCAAACAUCAAGAUUCUAUCUCUAGAGCCUGCUCCCCCCGCCAAUACACCCUUCGCCAAGAUCGCCCCGGACGCUGAAGUCAUUGUGGCCCCCAAGACGCGGGAGAAACAGCGCAGUAGCAGAGACGAUAGGAGUGUGGGUGGCGCAUCGCGCAAGAGUGGAAAGAGCUCGACGAGCACGGCUAGGAGAAAGAGUGCGCGGCAGGAGAAGAAGCCGGUUCUGUUCUUCAGGGGCGUUGACCGCAAGAGUUGCCAGGAAUGGUUUGACGACGAGGCGCCGGUGGAAGCGCUUAGCGUCUGGGUUGAUCGCGAUCUGCUGUCUGGGAAGGACCUCAAGUCAGUCAAAUGGGUGUCGGUCAGCGUUGUUCGGCCCGCCGGCCUUCAACUACCGCUUGACCCGGCGAGUCAACCGCAGGAAGCAGAUCCUGCAGCCAAGGCAUCCACGAAAAUCGUCGCCUCCCUUCUGCCGUGGGACGAGCCCCCCGAUGGCCAAACAAUCGCGCUCUCCUCGUCUCUCUGCGCCGCGCUUGGGUGCGAAGGCAUGGUCGGCGGCGUGGUCAAGAUCGAACCCGCCCCAGCCCAGGUGCCCCGGAAGGCGUCAGAUCAGGACGGCAUCUCUCGCGAACCGGUUCAGAAACUCAAGAUCUACCCUUUCCAGUCGACGAAGCCAGCCCAGUUCUCGGGUCUCAAAUUUGGUGGCCAAUCCAAAGCUGAGAAAGACGAGGCCGCGAACCAGGUGAAGCACAUCUACGGGCCAGAAGGAAACGGCUUGCUCCUGGGGCCGCUCACAGACGGCCAGGUCCUCGGCGUGCACGACGGCCUUAGAUGCCCCCGAGGCUGGGAGGGGGCUAUUGUGCGGUUCGAGCCGUCUGCAGCGCCACAAGGACAAGGGAAGAAGGCCCUGAGCUGGAUCCUUGGCUCCGAAUGGAAGCUUCCAAUUGUGGUCGAACCGCCGGUUCCAAAACCUACGUGGUUUUCUGAUUUCGAGACUGACCAGGUGGAAUCGUCCGAUACUCUCUUGGUUGGCAUCGACUCGCUGUUGGGGAAGCUCAAGUCGCAUCUCUCGCACAUGUCUUCCGUGCUGCUGACCGGCGGUCAAGGAUCCGGCAAGACGUCGGUUGCUCGGGCGGUGGUGCGUGCGCUGCGCUCUGAGCAGCUUUACCACACGACCUACUUUCCUUGCACCAGACUUGUCAAUGACGAAAGCCGGAUAUCCACCAUCAAAGAGACGCUUACCCGGCUGUUCAUGGCUGCCAGCUGGGGUGCGCGGCUCGGCGGUAGGGCGGUGGUCAUCCUGGACGACCUUGAUCGUCUCUGCCCGGCUGAGACCGAACUGCAGGUGGGCAACGAGAACGGCCGGAGUCGGCAAAUUAGCGAGGCCAUCUGCGCCAUGGUCAGGCAGUACUGCGGCCGAGAUAGCAAUGUGGUGCUGCUGGCCACCUGUCAGGGCAAGGACUCGCUGCACAACGUCUUGGUCGGUGGCCACAUUGUCCGCGAGAUCGUUGAUCUGAGUGCCCCUGAUAAGGAAACCAGGCGGCGCAUUAUGGAGGCGCUCACCAAACAGGGGUCUGUCUCCCCAGAGGAGGUGGUAGAGCCCGGGGGCGACGACGGUAGCCGCCCGACGACGGCAGAUGGUAGCGCCGCAGAGGGAGACGGAGACGGAUGGAUGGACGGCCCGGCCCGGCCAGCCCGGAAAUCCUCCGGCCACAAACCCAGCGGUUUCGUCCUGGAUGAAGACCUUGACUUCCUCGAUAUUGCCGGGCAGACGGAUGGGUAUAUGCCAGGGGAUCUGAUCCCGCUGAUCUCGAGAGCGCGCAACGAGGCGCUGAGCCGCACUGUCGGGGAGUCACCAGAUGCCGACGCAAGCGUUAUUCGUCUUAGCCGUGCCGACUUUGAUAACGCCCUCAAGGGUUUCACACCAGCCUCACUACGCAAUGUCACGCUCCAGAGCUCAACCACCACGUUCGCCUCGAUUGGCGGGCUGAAAGAAACCCGCAAGGUCCUCCUCGAGACGCUCCAGUAUCCAACCAAGUACGCACCCAUCUUCGCCCAAUGCCCACUUCGCCUCCGCUCUGGCCUGCUCCUCUACGGUUAUCCAGGCUGCGGGAAGACCCUUCUAGCUAGUGCCGUAGCAGGCGAGUGCGGCCUCAACUUCAUCAGCGUCAAGGGCCCCGAGAUCCUCAACAAGUACAUCGGCGCCUCUGAAAAGAGCGUCCGAGACCUCUUUGAGCGCGCCUCGGCCGCCAAGCCUUGCGUCCUCUUCUUUGACGAGUUCGACUCUAUCGCCCCAAAGCGUGGCCACGACUCUACGGGCGUCACGGACCGCGUCGUCAACCAGCUUCUGACCCAAAUGGACGGUGCCGAGGGCCUGUCAGGCGUCUAUGUCCUCGCGGCGACCUCCCGCCCGGAUUUGAUCGACCCCGCGCUGCUCAGGCCGGGCCGUCUCGACAAGUCCCUGCUCUGCGAUUUCCCCACUCUAGAGGACCGUCUCGACAUCAUCAGGGCGCUGGCCCAAAAAGUCAAGGUCGCCGACGAAGUCUGGGGCUCGGAAGAGCACAUGCUCGAGCUGGGCCACCGCACCGAAGGCUUCUCCGGGGCGGACCUCCAGGCUCUGGUGUCCAACGCCCAGCUGGAAGCCAUCCACGACGUGCUCAACGAUCGGGAACAGCAGUCCGCAGGCGCCAGCAAUGCCCGUCGCGGCGGGGCCAAGAAGUCCCUGUCUGCUUCCGCGGCAUCCAAGAACUUUGUCCAGUUCCGCUAUGGCGAGGACGAUGCCGCCGCACUUGGCGACAGCUCAGCAACCUCAGCGCCCCGCACCCGCGCGGCGCAACUCGCCGAACAGGCCGCGAUCGCCAGCAAGCUGGAGGGAAUCCGGCUGGCCAAGAAACGCGCCAAGCAGCAGCUCGCCAAGGGUCCUGCCGCCGCGUCCGGCGCUGUGAACGGUCUCUCCAAUGGCGAUGUGACGGCCGGCAGCGGCUCUGGUAGCAGUUCCGGCAAUGCGGAGGUGGUUAUCCGCUGGGAGCACCUGGUCAAGGCGCUCGAGGGUACGCGGGCGAGUAUCAGCGUCGAGGAGCGGAGGCGCUUGGAGAAGAUCUAUCACGAGUUUGUGGUCGGCAGGAGUGGAGACAUGAAGGACGGGCAAGGGAGCAUGGAGAUUGGGGGGAGGAGCAGUCUCAUGUGAGCGAGUAUGUACCAUUCUUUGUACAUAUACGUAGGUCUUGUAUGAAGGAGCAGCAGUGUCUGGCUGAUGUCUGAACCACUGAUGAAGCAUAAUCACUAGCUUGGCAGACAUCCUUGACUUGAGUAGCCAUUUCCGUUCAGCGAUUGAUUUCCAGCAUGAAGCUGUGGCCACAC